CCAUCCAUCCCAGGGAAUCCCAGUGCGAUCCACCCAUCGAUCCAUCCAUCCCAGGGAAUCCCAGUGCGAUCCACCCAUCGGUCCGUCCAUCCCAGCGCAUCCCGGUGCGAUCCACCCAUCGAUCCGUCCAUCCCAUCUCAUCCUGGUGCGAUCCAUCCAUCCAUCCAUCCAUCCCAGCGCAUCCCAUCCCAUCCCGGCACGCUGCGGGCCAUCCCCCGGUGCUCUGCGGGGUUUUAUCCCAUCCCGGUGCUGCGGGGACCAUUUCUCUCACCCUGCUGCAGCGCGGGACAUCCCGGUGCGGAGCGGAGCAUCCCUCGCAGCCCAUCCCGAUGGAGACCGAGGGCUAUCGCUGCCGCAGCAGCCGCCACAUCGAGAGCGGCCAGUCGGCCGUGCCCAGCUCGGUUCUGUUCGCAGCCGGACUUUUGGGGAACGUCCUGGCUCUGCUGCUGCUGGGCCAGCACCGCCGGCGCUCCCGCUCGCCCGGGGGCCGCCCGCCGCGGGUGUCGGCGUUCUACGUGCUGGUCAGCGGGCUGGCGGUCACCGACCUGCUGGGCAAGUGUCUGAUCAGCCCCAUGGUGCUGGCAGCCUACGCCUACAACCGCAGCCUCAGCGAGCUGGGCCCGGGGGGGCGCGGCGAGGACCAGCCGGGGGUGCUCUGCCAGCUCUUCGCCUUCCUCAUGGCUUUCUUCGGGCUGGCCCCCACCCUGCUGCUGCUGGCCAUGGCUCUGGAGUGUUGGCUUUCCCUGGGUCACCCCUAUUUCUACCGGAGGCACCUGACCCGGCGCCUGGGGGCCGCUCUGGCGCCGGCGGCCGCGGGGCUGUGCGCUCUGUUCUGCGCCCUGCCCCUGCUGGGUUUCGGGGCUCCCAUGCAGUACUGCCCGGGCACCUGGUGCUUCAUCCGCAUGGCCGGCGGCGGUCCGAGCCAGCUGGGCUUCCCCGUGCUCUACGCCAGCCUCAUGGGCUUGUUGGUGCUGGCUAUCGUGGCGUGUAACGUGAGCAGCAUGAGGCACCUGUACGGCAUGGCCCGGAGGCAGCCCCGCCGCGGGCAGCCCCCCGCCGCCGCCCCCCGCAUGGAGGAGCUCGAUCACCUCGUCCUGCUGGGGCUCAUGACCGUCCUCUUCACCGUCUGCUCGCUGCCGCUCAUCAUCCGGGCGUACAUGGGGGCUUUCGCUGCCGAUUUCAACGAGAACGCGGACCUGAGCGCGCUGCGCUUCCUCUCCGUCAACUCCAUCGUGGAUCCCUGGGUGUUCAUCAUCUUCCGCACCUCGGUGUUCCGCGCCUUCGUGCGCAGGGUGUGCCGGAGGCUCACGUCCCGCAGAGCCUCUCUGAAGGGCUCCAGCCCGGCGGGAGAGGGGCAGUUCUGCCCCCCGGGCUGGUGCAGGACGGAUCCCCCCCGGCUCGGCAUCCCCUGAGCGCGGCGCUGCCGCGGAAUCCGCGCGGCUGCUGGCGAGGAUGAGGAGCGAGCCUUCGGCCCCGCAUCCCUGCCCUGGAGCAUCCCGAGGUGGCCCGGGGUGGUGGCAGGCAGGGACAGCGUCCGGGACGCUGUGAAGGGGUUUUGUGCCAUCCCCAGGCUGCGUUUUGCCCCGGAGAGGAGCCGGAGCGGGGUUCCCGCGGAUCUGGGAAUUUUCUGAUCCGGGGAGGGUUUGGGGAGCUCCCGGCUCCAGGAAGGCAGGAGGGGUUUGGAGUGAGGCUCAGGGCACAGGGAGGAGAAGUGUGGGUGUGUCCCCAUGGAAUAAAAGUGGUUCAGAGUUUCAUCACCU